AUGUUCCCUUAUCGUCUGAUAUUUGGCAAAUCCUGUCAUCUUCCGGUUCAGAUGGAACAUAGGGCGUAUUGGGCGGUGAAACAAUGCAACAUGCAGAUGGAUGAUGCGGGAGAGCAAAGGAAAUUGCAGUUACAAGAAUUAGAGGAAAUCCGCAAUGACGCCUAUGAGAACUCGCAAAUUUAUAUGGAAAAGACAAAGGCUCUUCAUAAUCACUUGAUCUCUAGGAAGAAUUAUUGUGUUGGUCAAAAAGUUCUACUUUUUCAUUCUAGGCUCAAACUUUUUCCUGGUAAAUUGCGUUCACGUUGGAUAGGGCCUUUUAUUAUCACUAACAUUUUUCCUCAUGAUGCAGUGGAAAUUCUAAGUCCAAAAACCAACAAGGUUUUCAAGGUCAAUGGUCACCGUCUUAAACCUUUUUAUGAAGGAUUUCAGGCAUAUACCAUCGAGAAGUUGGCUUUCGAAGAGCCUACUUAUUCUGAUUGA